UCGGCGGCCCUGGGCUGCGUCUAUCGCCUCAAGGGCCGCAGCGAGGCCAAGCCGCUGGCCGUGUGCCUGGGCCGCGUGGCCGACGUCUACAGGUACUGCCAGGUGAGGGUACCCAAGGAGCUCCUGGAGGACCUGUUGCCAGGACCAGUGACCCUGGUGAUGCAGCGCUCCGGGGAGCUCAACAAAGACCUGAACGGGGGUUGCAGACUGGAUGCUAAUUGUGCCCUUGACAUAGCUAAGCAUAAAGAGCUUUCUCCUCUGAUUAGAGGAAGAUGCCUGAAUUUAAAUGUGAGCCAUGUAUGCAGGAUGACAAUAUGGCCAUGCCCUUCUUUUCAGGAGUUCCAAGACCUCUGGCCUCAUUUGUCCCUGGUCAUUGAUGGGGGACCAAUUGGAGAUAGUCACAGCCCUGAGUGCCGCCUCGGCUCUACUGUGGUUGACUUAUCUGUGCCUGGAAAGUUUACCAUUAUUCGCCCGGGCUGUGCUCUGGAAAACACUACAACCAUCCUCCAACAGAAAUAUGGGCUGCUCCCUUCACAGGGGUCCUGCUCAUGAAGAUUUGGAAGAUCCGAGGAUCAUGCUGGAUACUAUGUGUCUGCUAACUGGUUAGCAAGGCCUCAUUGGCAGAGGCUCCUGGAGCUACACAUGUAGCCUGGCUAUUUAGGGAACAUCUCUCUCUCUGAACACUGUAGGCCAGAAGCUGCAGUUAUAUCAACCAAAAAUUGAACAAAGGUAAGAACAUUCUUAGAAGCCUGGCAAUGGUAACACAUGCCUUUAAUCCCAGCACUUGGGAGGCAGAGGCAGGCGGAUCUCUGAGUUCGAGGCCAGCCUGGUCUAC